GGCUUCUUUGUCAUUCGUAAGAACAACCUGUUGCCGGCGCGUCGAGCGGUGUUCAAUCCGGUUAGCAAGACGCUAGCGGCCGCGGCAGCAAAGGCGGAGGAGGAGGCAGCGUCCAAGGCGGCCCUCGUGGCUGCUGCAGCGGCGAAGAAUGCCGCUGCGGCCGACACCAGCUUCAUGGAGUCGGUGGUGGAGGAGUUUCUGGCGGCGAACAGGGCAGUGGAGACGGGGCGUACGGCACCCGCCUCGGCAGCGGGCGCAAAGGAUGCGGAGGAGGAGAAGGAAUACGAGAUUGGGAUUGAUGAGGAGGACGACGGUGCGCCUCCGCCGCCACCACCGCCCCCGCCUCCGCCACCCUCGGCACCUCCUGCGCACCACUGGCCGCCACCGCCGCCGUCACAGCAGCAGCCGCAACAACAACCACAGCAGCAGCCGUACGGCAUACCUCCGCCACAGCCGCCGCCAGGGGCGUACCCACCACCUCACCCACACCAUGCGCCUCCGCCACCACAAUACAUGGGCUAUCCCCCGCCCCAUCAGCAACCACCGCAGCAGCAGCCGUCGUACGGCACUCCUGCACCGUACGGCAUGCAACCCCCGCAUCAACCGCCGCCGCCGCACCAUUACCAGCCGUUUCCCGGCCAGUAUCCCCAGGGCAUCCCGCCGCCACGGCCUCCCCCCGGUGGCCCACCCCCGCCGCAGCAGCAGGCGUACCACCAAGCGCCGCCGCCUCCCUGGGGCGCCCCUGCUGCCGCCGGCCCGCCCCAGGGCCCGCAGGCUCCCCCGCAGCCGUUUGGACCCAUGGGUCCGUUCCGGCCCCCCGGGCCCGCCGCGCCUCCAGGUCAGCCGCCGUCGCCACAGCUGGGCAGCUUUCACCUGCAGCAACAGCAGCAGCAACAGCAGCCCUCGCAGCAAGAACAGCAGCAGCAGCUGCUGUCACACUCUUCGGCCGGCAUGGGGCCCAACGCUGGGGGCCAUCCUCCGUCACUGCCACCGCAGCAAGCGCAGCAGCAGGGUCUGCAGCACCAUUACGCCCCGCCACCACCACCACCACCGCCGCAGCACCACCACCAACACCACCCGCAGCAGCAUUUACAACAGACGCAGUCCCAAGAGCUUACACAGCCCAUGUUGCAAGCGGGGCCGCCGCCGCCUCCACCGCCACAGCACCAGCAGCCACAGCAACAGCAGCCACAGCAGCAGCAGCAACCAGGGGGUUUGCAGCCGCUUGGCAGUCCGCAUUUGCCUCAGAUGGGCAGUGGGGGCAUGCCUGCACUGCCGCCAUGGGCCACCGGACCCCCGCCGCCGCCGCCGCCGCCUCCCCAAGGCCCGCCUGGCCCCUCCAUGCAACCCAACCCUCAGCAGCAACACCAGCAACAUCAGCCACCGCAAGAGGCCCCACCGCAGCAGCAGCAGCUGCAACAGCAACAGCAGCAGCCGGGAUCACACGGUCUGCCGCCGCAGCAGCAACACCAGCAGGAGCAGCAACAGCCGGCUCUGCAGGGGGGACCAGCGUUGAUGAGGGCACCCGUGUUCGUCAGCGCAUCUGGCGGGCCCCCGCCGCACUUCCAGACCGGGCCUCCCAGCGGCCACCCUGGUGGCCCGCCCCUCUUCUCGCCAGCAGGCGGUGGCAUGGCGGCGGCGGGCCUCAUAGCCCCGCCACCUCCUCCUCCGCCACCACGCAACCAGCCGCAGCAGCAGCCCAUGCAGCAGCAGCAGCAGACCCAGCAGGGCCCUACACUAGUCCCUCCAGGGCCUCCCGGCGGCCCACCGCCACCACCGCCGCCUCCCCAGGCUGGCGGCGGCCCGGGGCACGUGGGCCCGAUGUUUCCCAUGGGAUCCGCACCCGGCUCCGGCAUGGGUGGACCCAUGGGUCAGCCCUUGAUGGAUUUCAACGGUGGCGGGCCUGGCGCUGGUGGCGGCAACGGCGGAGGCGCGGGUGUGAAUUUUGCAGCGUUCGCGCCACCGCCGGACCUGAUAGGACUCGUACCGCCGCCGCCGCCACCGCCGCCGCCACGGGCCAAUAGGGACCAGGAUAUGGGCAGUGGUGGCUUUCGUUAGAGGAGCGCUGGAGUAGUGCGCGGCGAUGGUCGUGGUUUUGGCGUGGGCUGCCGGCAAGGCGGAAUGCCUAACGGGCUUUGUACUGAUGAACAGUGGCGGGAAAGGACGGCGAACAGUUAGCGUAAAACAUCCAGCUACAGAUGCCAGUAGCCCCGCUGCUGCACAAUAGAGCGUUAAGAGUCAAGGGCUAGAUUGUUAGGGGGCGUGGGCGCAGUCCCGUCGCCCCGCCCGUUGAACGCAUGCUGACGUGUUGGUUUUUAACGGCGUGCGGUGACGCCUUGCGGCUCGUCGGUUUGCGUUACCUUCCAUAGUAAUGCGUGCUCUGAUACAGAGGCAGUCGUGCGGCGUUUGCUUCAGUGGUAUCAUGACCACCUGUCAUGGCCAGUACGCUUUCUGUGGCUACCGGUACCGGUAAGCGGCGCACUGCCAGUGUGUAUGAUGGUUAACGUGUCGCCUCCUUGCAUGCGACUCUAGGAUCUCUAGGGUCGGGCUGCGGUUGCUUAUUGAUGUUGUUUGUUGGGGAUGGCACGUACCGAGCAACAAUGGGCAGCACAUUGCACGCUACUUCUGCAUGCCGGGGUGAGUACCGGUAACCGUUGCCUGCAGAAAGAGAGGUGUGGGGCGGAACGAAGAAGCGGAGCGGCGGAGCUUCUGCUGGCUAACCCGGUUCCUGAUGCGGGCCACGCUGGCGCGCAGUGAGGCGUAAUUGGUUGCUUGGCCGCUUGCAGGUUGCUGAGGUGGCGUUUAACGUAAUUAAACGGGCGCAAAUUAGUCGCGUUUAGGAAAACGGUGUAGCAUUACGGGGCCUGGCAGCAUUACACGUAGUUGAACGGACCUAGUGAGUUGAAGAGGGCAAAGAUGGCAUGCUUCAAGGCUGAUGCAACUUUUUGCGAGGGUUAGCAGGUGGCAUGGCUACAGCCGAGUGCAAACGUAAAGGUGGCUGGUGGGGCCGCCGCAGUUCGCCAGUACCGGACAUAUUCCUGAUGUAUGUUAACAAGGCAUGUUAAAUAUGGGGCGUGAAGCCGUUGCUCCCUGUGAUCGUGUUGGGCGUUUGCAAUGGUGCCAAGACGGAGAUCAUGCUCCGAGCCUCUGGCGACUGCUGGUAGCACAGGACACGCGUUGCAGGAUACGAAGUUGGGCUACUACGAUUGUUGGGUUUUACCGGGAGGCUGGAGUUGCAAGAAGGGGUCUGGCACGCUGCUUGGUCAAGGGGCAGCUAUCACGACAGGCAGCGCAGCGGCAUAAAGACCUUCACAUAUACGUACAUGCCAUGGUGUACGGUGCGGGCGCUGGAAUUUUUUAGUAAAAUCAUAUCAGGACUGCUAUUGCGGACGAAAUACAGCCCUUGAACAGGACGCGAUGGAUACACUGCCUUUUGUCACGGCAACAUCCGCAGGUGUUUGGUAGACCUGAAGUUUUAAUAUGCUUGCUAGGCGCAGCCAGCUCUGUCAUUACACUUCCUAAAGAGGUACUGCAUUGAUACAUCGUAUAGUUCGUUAUGACAAGCGCCUGAACGGACCUCCGCAUUGCGGUACCGCACUGCGGACACAACGCAGCAUAGCAGGCUACUAGCUCUCUCACUUUUGAGGCUGCUAUGGCCGCUGCCAGCCCAUCCACAGAAGCGGGAGCGUCUCUAAGCUCUGCCCAUGCAAUCCGAAAAUGCCAUCGUCUGGCACUUCCACAGACAGCUUUUCCUUAGAGCCCUGAGAAGGGCUAUUUUUACAUAGGGUAAAUUAAUAUCCACAUUGUGGGCGGCAGCGCUGGGCUUGCUUCCUAUGGUACAGAAGCGUCAAGGGGAAUUGUUCCAGGCGAGCUCCCUUCCAAGUGUUCAAGAGCAUACGGAUGCCUCUCGGGACCAGCAGACCCACAAUGCCGCGGUGGAUACAACAGAAGCCAGUAACAGCAGGACCGAGCGGGAAAAGGGAAGCACUUCAAUGGCCGUAAGUUGCGCUGACAGCUGGGGUGCAGCCUUCAGCACCGGCGACGAGGACCUCACCCAAUCGCCCAGUCUCUACGCCGGCCACACAGGACCCAAUCCGCUGAUCCUGUCCGGGCACACAGGUUCGAACCCGCUGGGCCUGUGCCUGCCCUCCGGCGCCUCCUCCUCCUGUUCCGAGGGCAACAGCGGUGGCGCCACCCAAGGACCUGGCCCGCCCGGCGACCGCAGUGCACCAGCGGGGGGGCUGCAGUCCAGCCGCUUCGCCGCCGCAGCAACAGCAGCGCCCCGCACGCAGCCAGCCCUGCCCCCGGAACCCGCGACGGCAACCUUGGGGGCCGCUCACCAGCUGCCCCUACCGCUGCCCACGCAGCAGCAGCAGCAGCCGCAGCAGCAGUCGCACUGCCCCGGAAGCAUCCAGCCCAUGGAGCAGCUGGCGGAGGGAGGUCCCUUUACAGCCUUGGCAGCCAUGCUGCAAGCCAAGGGCGUGCACCCGGGGGAGGGCGACCCCGGGCUCUCGCCGCCGGGAUUGCUGGGACUGGGGCCGCCGCCGGAGGUGCUGGGGUUGGCGCCGCUGCUGGAUGGGCUGGGGCUGCCGCCACGGGAGCUGCACCCCCUGGGUAUGCUUGUUGCCGGGUCGACCCCCGCCGGCCCCUUCGCCGCCCUGGCACCCGUGAUGCAGUCCGCCGCCGCCAUGCCGCUACCGGGUGUCCUGCAGCCCCCGCAGCUGCAGCAGGAGGUGCCGGGGGCCCUUGCUGACCCGGCUGCUGCUGCCGCUGCUGAGCACACUUGUGACAGCCCCUUCGACGCACUUGCCGCCAGCAUGGAGCCCUGCCCUGGCAUGGAGCACUCGCCGCCUGCGCUGCAGUCGCAGCUGUCGGCUGCGCUGGCAGCAGCGCAGACCAGCUCACUGGGGCGCUCGGGUGCGGGCGGGGCGGGCUUUCAGGACCUGGAGAUCAGCCCGGACGCCCUGACAGUGGGAGCCCGCAUCGGGGCUGGCGGCUUCGGCACCGUGUACCGCGGCACCUGGUGCGGCACCGAGGUGGCGGUGAAGCAGCUCAGGGUGCAGGACCUGUCGUGCGCCGAGGUGGCGGAGUUCCAAGCGGAGGUGACCAUCAUGUACCGCCUGCGCCACCCCAACAUAGUGCUGCUGCUGGGAGCAGUCACAUGUGAAGACAAGCUGGCCAUUGUGACGGAGUUCAUGCCGCGCGGCUCGUUGUACAACCUGCUGCACCGACAAAGGGAGGUGCAGCUGGAUGCGCGGCUGCGGCUGCGCAUGGCUCAGGAUGUGGUGAAGGGCAUGGAGUACCUGCACGGCCUGCGCCCGCCGGUGGUUCACCGCGACCUGAAGACGCAGAACCUGCUGGUGGACAACGAUUGGACGGUGAAGCUCUGCGACUUUGGGCUGUCGAGGACCAUGGGCAACACCGCUACCCGGACCGCGGCGAAGGGACAGGGGACGGCGCCGUACAUGGCCCCAGAGGUGUUGCUGGGGUCAAGCUGUGAUGAAAAAGGCGACGUGUUUAGCUUCGGGGUCAUUAUGUAUGAGCUGGUGACGGGGAGGAGGCCCUGGGAGGGGCUGGAUUACGUGCAGGUGGUGGCGGCGGGAGCGGCGGCUGGGUUGCUGGGUUGCUGGACGAGCAGUGCGGGCCCUGCUGCGGCGGGCUGCAGGUGUUUCAGCAGCGGCUGGGGCUGUCGUGGGUGUUUGCUGUCUUCUUCGCGGUGCUGCUGGUGGCAAGCGUGAUCGUGGUUGCCGUGAUUUUUCUGUAGGGAAGGGGGCCAGCGUGGGGAUGUUAUUUGUGCACGGGACCUGAAGACCGGUUGUUGUUUGGUGUAUAGCAGGUAUUCCAGUUGUAUGUCGAGCUAUCCCUUGUAGAUGCCGAAGGGGGAUCUACAUACAUGGGAUGAGUUGUAGGCGAUGGGCUCGACAGGGGUUUAAAUUGCAGUCGUCUAACUGUUGGGACCGCGUGUGAAGGCAAGGUGUUGUGCAGGAAACACUUAUCGCUUGCUGUCCCACCACCUCACAUGUGACUUCAAUCGGCGCUUCGUAUGCUCCCUUGGAGCUGUGGACAUGUGCUUACAUGCCGCAACAUGCAUAGGAAGCGUAAGGCGCUAUCCUGCCUAACAUGUAUGAUAAUGACAUGAUACUUCAGUUAAAGGAACUGAUCGUGCGGGAUGGGCCCGGUACUGCAACGCAGGCCAUUGCUGUUGGUGGUUGUCGUGCGCACGGUUGCCUCGUGACGAGUGUGCGAGUUGCUUGUGUAGGGCAUUGCUGUUAGAUAGUGUGGUUGGGUUGUGGUGUCAAGCAAACGCGUUGCUAUGCAAAUUGUUACUUGAACAAUAGCAAGAGACAAGAAUGAAUGAUGUUGAGGAUAGCCUUUGCGCACUGAAGCUUUGCUGCUGUGACGUGUCAUAUGUGCAUUGGGGUUUUGUGGGACCUCCUUCCUUGUUUGGGAGGAAAGACGUCAUGUGCUGAGCUAGCGAGACCCUUGCUUUGGACGGUAUGCACUAGCCUUAUUGUGUAUAAGUUGCUUAGGUGGCCUAGUACCGGUAUGGUAGUACCCAAGCACAACCUCCGUCGUAUGCCACAUGCGUUCUGGCGGUUCCACCUGUGCGACACCCUGCAGGCUGUACGUUCCACUGACUGGCAGGGUUAGGAAAACCACACUGGCAGCGUCAGUGCGUGGGAUGGUGGGUUCUCUCCGCUAAUAACCUUUCUUGUGCAUCCUAUGAAGUUGGUUUAUUGGUGUGUAUUGGUGUGACACGCGCGCCUGUCCCUGCGGGUCGCGCAUGGCCAGCGUACCGCAUGCAACCCAGUAAGUGGAAACAAGCCAUGCGGCGUGCCAGUUACGACCUUUAUCGUGUUGCAAUCUCAAGACUGCAUGGCCCACGGCCUUCAGCUGGGGUUUAAAUAGCGUCACGGUGUCACCUUCCUUCCUUCGGCGUAGCCCCCUGCUUAGGACAGGACCACGUGCCCCCUCUCAGGCGACAGAUGGUGAUCGAGGUAUCAUGUUACGUGCCGACGUG